CAACAAACGAAAAGAAUGCCUCAGCCGGGUGUUCUAGCUCGAGCAUGGUUCAAAUGGAAGACGUUACGACUGCCAUGGAGAAAGACAUUCCUCGUCGGCUUCGACCUCAGCGGCAACACAUUCUGGGAGUUCAAAGAUGCCCUAAACACAAAUCGCAUGCGUAGGAUUGUCAAGUACAACAACAAAACACCUCACUACUCCGAUGUCAAAGUCACUCCACAAUGGCAUCAAUGGCUCCGCAACACCCGCGACGAACCUCCCACCAUCCAGGAACAACAGCACGACAUCUCCCGACAAGCCAUGAUGAAACGCCUCGCCGCCGAAGCAGACGAACGAUGGAACAGCAAGCCCUCUUUCCUCGACGGCCCCUCACGGAAUCAACCCCAACCUGCCAUUGGCGUGAAAGAUCCUGGAGGCUAUAUGGAACAAACAGAACCUGAACAACAGCAGGGUGUAAGAAGUGCUGUAGAUGAGCCGGAGAAGGUGGAGGCUGCGAGUCAAGGAAAACAGGAGGGCUUGGAUGAAGGGAGGUUCAAAGGGACUAAGACGAAGGAUAGGAAACCUAAUCCAUGGGACCAGGCGAGGCCGAAGGGAAAUGCUGGUGAGAAUUGGCAGCCGGCGGGGUGGACUCCUAUGCCGGCACAGAGGGGGCGAUGAAGACCAGAAAAAGUUAGGACAGAUCUGUAUCACGAUGUACAGCACAACAGACGCGUGCUGGUCGUGUAUGAUAACAUCACGAACCAAAAGGGGCGCGGAGUAUUGAGACUUGCCUUCCCUUUUCUCUCGACAGCUGCUCAUCCUCUCAAGGCCCGCGACAGCUACAUCGAUGUCGACCAAUUUGGUACAACACCUUCGGUGCAUUGAUUGUAAAGAGAUGCAAGGCACGACUCAAAGAUCCGCACACGAUCCUUGACAUGCGGCAUCUUCAAAUCAAGAGGCAUGGCGAUCAUGUCAAAGAGCUGCAGGAGUCAUGACUUCAACGUGUUGAUCGCGUCACACCACAUAGGGCAUGAUCGUUAUGCGGAGUAGAAGAGAACGGUUUGCCACCUAGCCUGGAUUGCCAACACAAAUACCGAGUCAUUUCAAGCGCUGCGGACAGUGACCAGAGCGUUGGUAGGAGGUCGGGAACUGCGGCUGAUCUCGGCUGCAGCACGAACACAACACAUCAGACCUCCGAAUACCUACACGCAUGCCUAUCAAAGCCGACUGCAUACUCUUUCGCUUCCUGUCUGAUCGCAUUGUACCGCGGUGUAUCAUUGUCUGCAUUGCUAGACAAGCCCUUCAGCAGCGAAGUUGCCCACAUGCAGAGGAGUGGAAAGAAAGAAGACAGGUGGCGACCUACCCACCUUAUCUUCGUAAGUUGUUAUGCCCAAUAGGCAGACAGAAGUGAAGUCCAGAUUCUUGCGUCCGCUCAGUCAACUAGCCAGCCAGAUCUCUUGGUUGUGAUUGUUGUUAUUGUUAUCCGGUUGAAAGUCUGCUCUAUGCCUAUGUUCCAUGGAACAAAGAGACAAGAGCCGAGCUAACUAGGGGUCUUUGACAAUGAAAGUUUUAUUCCCUUUGGACAAUGGAGAUUUUGAAAGAUGGAUCGAUACAUGGAUGGAACAUGUCAACCUAGCGUGAGCUGGACUGGAUCUGGGCUUUGUGCUUGGGCUGUUAGAGCCUCUGAUCUGACUGACUGCCAAAGAGAUGCUUGACAAUGACAGGAGCCGGUGCGAUUCAAAGCGACUCCCAUUACUUAAGGAGUCGAAACAUUUCACUCCAGUACAAUCUUCCAACUACUACAGUCAAACACAUUCAAAC